AUGCCAUACAAAAUUCGGCCUAGGCAUAGUAUACGACCCUCGGGCGCGCUGAAGACCACGCGAGCGACGCUCAAGAGCAUCUGGGCGGAGAGUUCGCUUGAUCGCGAAGAUACGGUCUCUUGCAAAGAUAUUAUACCCAUGGCGGCGAAUCUGGUAUGGCUUCAAUCUCCCUUUGCUUUCCUUAGCGUCGUCGAUACGGAGUCGAUUUCCAAACUGGCCACGGAUCCUUCGGAGGGAUCAUUCGGAUAUCAGGGUGUUAUUAGCAUCAGCCGUGAGGACGUGGAGGACCUCCUUCGACGAAUGAUUGCCCUGGCGAACAAGCGUCUCGAUGCGCUACUGUAA